UAAAAAAAGAGUUACUGGCCAGAAGUCUCGGUUAAACAGAGGCCAUUUGCAAGCCUCCUAGGUAUAUUCUCAGCAGACACAUUAUCAGAUUAAAGAACUGCAAACAAACUGGGCUGAAACCUUUCUUUGUCCAAGCCCAGCCUCUUCUUCCUGUGAUGUCAUAUUACAAAUCUAGCAAGGCUUUAUUUUUCACUUCAGAGAAAGUCCAUAGCACAAUACAGCUUGAAACGGAGGAAAAGGCCUCUUUCUCGGCAAGAGCUAACACGCUAAGGAAUUUAUUUCGGAACAUUUAAAGGAUUCUUCUGCUUUUCACCAUCUGGAAUCUACUGCCUGAACUCCAAAAAGGAAAACUUCAUUUAAAAGGAGCAAGAACUAAAUGAGACCAAAUUGGGAAUGCUUAAAUCUCCGAAACUCUACAUUGAAAAGCAAAAUAAAAUUGCUAACUUUAGCUUAAACAUUUUGGAGCAUAAAGAAGCUUUAAUUUUGGAAUAUCAUCUUGACUACCGCAAUACAAGUUAACUAGACAAGUAGAUUUAUUCCGUCUCAGAACACGGCGUUUCUUUAAAAUUUAUAAUCCAAUGGAUUGGCUUCACUGACUAUGUUUUUAAAGGUUGCUCGUUGGUUCACUAAGCCUUGGAUUCACGAAUUUUCUGAAGACUAGAAAAUGAGACUAUUUUCCUGUUGAGGAACCAAGUGGAAACUUUACAACAACAAAUUUGAUGUUUCUUUUGAAGAUUCUGGAGAUAAAGGAAAUAUUUAUAAAACUACCCAAAGAUCCAAAGAACUUGCAAAUACAUUGGAGGUUUUAAAGCGGUCACAGUCUGAAUACCAAAGGAGGCUGCUGCUGGACGUGCCUUUAUAAUGGUAAGCAGUAACAACUCCCACUGCCCCUAUGAUGACUCCUUUAAGUACACUUUGUAUGGGUGCAUGUUUAGUAUGGUGUUUGUACUUGGAUUAAUAGCCAACUGUGUUGCCAUAUACAUUUUCAUCUGCACUCUCAAAGUGCGAAAUGAAACUACAACGUACAUGAUAAAUUUGGCAAUGUCAGACUUGCUUUUCGUGUUCACGUUACCCUUCAGGAUUUUUUACUUUGUAACACGGAAUUGGCCAUUUGGAGAUUUACUUUGUAAAAUUUCAGUGAUGCUGUUUUAUACCAACAUGUACGGAAGCAUUCUAUUCUUAACCUCCAUCAGUGUAGAUCGGUUUCUGGCAAUUGUCUACCCAUUUAAGUCGAAGACUCUAAGAACUAAACGAAAUGCAAAAAUCGUUUGCAUUGCUGUGUGGUUAACUGUGAUGGGAGGAAGUGCACCAGCAGUCUUUUUCAAGUCUACUCACUCUCAGGAUAAUAACAGCUCAAAAGCCUGCUUUGAAAAUUUUCCAGAAGACACAUGGAAAACAUAUCUCUCAAGGAUUGUAAUUUUUAUCGAAAUAGUGGGAUUUUUUAUUCCUCUAAUUUUAAAUGUAACUUGUUCUAGUAUGGUGCUAAGAACCUUAAAUAAACCUGUUACAUUAAGUAGAAGCAAAAUAAACAAAACUAAAGUUUUAAAAAUGAUUUUUGUACAUCUGGUCAUAUUCUGUUUCUGUUUUGUGCCUUACAAUAUCAACCUUAUUUUAUAUUCUCUUAUGAGAACACAGACAUUUGUUAAUUGCUCAGCAGUGGCAGCAGUAAGGACCAUGUACCCAAUCACUCUCUGCAUUGCUGUUUCAAACUGCUGCUUUGACCCAAUAGUUUACUACUUCACGUCAGACACAAUUCAGAAUUCAAUAAAAAUGAAAAACUGGUCUGCUAGGAGAAAUGAUUCCAGAUUCUCUGAAGUUCAAGGCACAGAGAACUUUAUUCAACAUAACCUACAAACCUUAAAAACUAAGAUAUUUGACAAUGAAUCUACAAUAUAAGCUGUCUGAAAUAAGAACCACUGGGACUUCACUGGGACAGAACCUCCAAGUUCCUUCAACUGUGAAAAGUUUUCCUGGACAACUAUUUUUCCACCUCUGAAAGAAAAUAAGCAUGUGGACAUUUUAAAGUUUUUAGUAUUAAAAAAAGUUGUAUUCAAUGUGUUAAACAUUCAAAUGUAUUCUAUUCUUGCAUACAUUCCAUUUUAUUUUUCUCAGCUGUUUUGAUUUGUACUACCUUCAUGUUCAUUAAAAAAAAAUCCCUAAAGGAGUUUUUCAAAGUCA